AUGCCUCCUAGCCGCCGUCCUCUCUGCGACUUUAACCAUGUCCCUCGUCCUGAAGAAAAUGGAACCGAAGGGCCAAAUGCCGCGGAAGCAUGGCUCAUAGACAUAGAUGUGUUGUACACUACUCUCGGCUGUACAGACGAGCAGAAAGUUCAGUACCUCGCACUGCAGCUGACAGGUGAAGCUGGGAGAUGGUGGAAUGCCAGGAAAGUGCUACUCGGAAACGAAACAGUGAUCACUUGGGAGAUGUUCAAAGUGGAGUACAAUCGGCGCUUUUUCCCUAGAUCCCAAAGGCAACUCCAGGCAAUAGAAUUCCAGAAUCUUGUUCAAGGUAACAUGACCGUAGAACAAUAUUCCGCUAGAUUUAUGGAGCUAGCCAGGUUCGCGGCCAACCUCAUUCCUGACGAAGAAUCAAAGGCUGAACGAUUCGAGAAUGGUCUCAACCCUCGCAUCAGGGAGAGGGUAAUCUGUUUGGAAAUAAAGGACUAUGCUAGAUUAGUGGAAGUUGCAUCACUGGCUGAAAGGGGAAUACAAGAAUCGGCAGCGGUUUAUGAUUUGAAGAAACGUUCAAAGCAGCAGAUGACACGCCCAGUUAAGAGGCUAGCCACUGGAAGCGGUUCUAGAUCGAACAUGGGUAAGAAUUUCCCGCCAAUAGCUAAAAACCAAAGAACUUUUUGCAGUAAAUGCUCAAGGACACAUGAAGGAGAUUGUAGGCAGGGAACAUCGUCUUGCUUUAAAUUUGGUAAGCCCGGACAUUUCUUGAAGGAUUGCCCUAUGAAUGUUGCUGGAGGAAUGAAGACUCAAGGAAGUGGAACUCAGGCCCGAAUAUAUUCUCUCACGCCUGGAGGAGUAGAAGAGGAGGAAGAUGAAGGUGAAGAAGAAAAUGCGAAUGUAGUAACAGGAAAUAGAGUUCUACUGGCAAACUUAGCAAUGUUUCAAAUGUUAGGUUUUGAUAUCAUUUUAGGAAUGGAUUGGUUGUCGAAAUACUAUGCUAACAUUAAUUGUAGAAAGAAAGAAGUUAUUUUUCGCUCACCAAGAGAGGAAGAAUUCAAAUUUUGUGGAUCUCGAGUUCAAGCUACUCCACCUUUUCUUUCCCCAAUUCAAGUAAGACAGAGCAUUAGAAGUGGUGCACCAGCAUUUUUAGCUUAUAUUAAGGCUGAACCCGAAAAAGAACGUAAGCUAGAAGAUAUUCCUGUAGUGUGCGAAUAUCCAGAUGUUUUUGCUGAGGUCACAACUGGAUUGCCGCCUGAUCGGGAGAUUGAGUUCGCUAUCGAUCUGAUGCCAAGAACUCAACCUAUUCAUAAAGCACCAUAUCGUAUGGCACCAUCAGAAUUGAAGGAGCUAAAGAAGCAGCUUGAAGACUUGCUAGACCGGGGUUUCAUUCGCCCUAGUGUCUCACCAUGGGGAGCGCCAGUUUUGUUUGUAAGAAAGAAAGAUGGAUCUUUGCGGUUAUGCAUUGACUACCGCGAACUAAACUGA